AUGGGACUGCGGCCAGCAGGCCCAGCCACAAAGCCAUCUCAGUCCAGUUCUGGUUGCACUCGCACCCAAGGAACUCCAACGAAUGAGCCCGAGGGAGCGUUGAAAGAAACGAGCAGUUCUCCACUCACGGUGGACGCUGGGGGUCAGUUGCGGUACUUUGGCUACUCUUCAUACAUGAGAAUGAUGUCUGUUAUUCCUCGGGCCAAGUCAUCUCCGACACAACCAGCCAAAAGUUCGUCAGGCGACAGAUCUAGCAAUAUAGUGGAAGCAGAAGGUCUGGCCGAUAAUCCGCAGAAUCAAAGACACCUAAUCGAUUUGUUUUUUGAAUACCAGAAUGGUGCUAUACCAAUUCUGGACGAAGAGGCCUUCCGACUUGGGUCCUUGAAUUUCGAUGGCAAGCAGCCCUACCGAGAGACUCUAGCAAUCAUUUACACCCGCCGAGCGAAAGCUGAGCUACUAUUUGAAUUGGAGAAUCCCAAUAUUGCGACGAUUCCGGGAUUGUGUUUAUUUGGCUACUAUCUGGCGGGGUUAGGAAGUGACAGAGCAUGCUGGCUGUACCCAGGCAUAGCGUAUCGCCUGGUGUUUGACUUCGGUUUACACGAAGACUGCAACAAUUUGGUAGCCGCUGGGCUUCUCACUGGAAUUGAUCAAAGAGUCCGACAAAUUACACUCUAUGGAUGUUACGUUCUUGACAAAUUAUAUAGCUCGUAUCAAGGCCGACCGACCGCCAUUCAUUUGGAUGAUCUACAUGUGCCGCAGUUCUCUGCGCAUACCAUGGGCACAAGUUAUCAACUUAUGGCUGCAUGGGUCGAAUUAGCAUCUAUACUUAACGAUGUUCUCUCCAUGAUCAACGGUUCCUUGGCGAGAAUAUACCAAGACACCUCCGUGAGCAAGUUAUCCAAAGCGAGCCAAAAACUGCUCGUUUGGUUCAACAAACUUCCUCCAAAGCUGCAGUGGAAUGCAGAUCAUCCAAUAUCACCAGGAGUCUGUGCUCUCCAUGUCCAAUUUCUAUCCACCACAAUCCUGCUCAACCGCCCAUUCGCAGCCUACAUAUUCAACCGGGACACCAAAUCGGCCUCUAGGCGUUGCUUGGAAGGGCAGACGCCAAAAUCUUCACAGCAACUCUGUACUACGAAUGCAAUCCGGAUAUCAAAGUUACUCUUGGCCUAUAAGCAAUAUCACGGCGCUUCAAAGAUAUUCUCUACCAUCAAUCCAGCCUGUCUCUCCGCUAGCGUGGCUUUGAUUUCAGAUAUUACGAGUGCAGGACCUGGUGAGGCGAAGAUAGAAGAAAGGAAAUGGCUCGGCGCCAUUUUGGAGACCUUGCAGGAUAUUAUAAAGUGGUAUCCGAUUGCGGAACGAAGCCUGGACACGUUAGCCGCGGUUAUGAAUACUUGUGGGCUGUCAAGCAUCCUCAAACAACUUGCCAAAAACUCCGGGGAUGCUCAAGUAGAGCCCCUGUCGGACAAUGGUAUAACAGAGGUAGCAGGGACCAACUGGAAUUUCGAUGCGGAUUUGUCCUUUGGCCUCGGAUCUCUGUUCGAUCCGUUAUACGACGUCCAUAACCUUGGUCUCCCGGGUAUCUAUGCGCAACCUUUGCAGAUGAUGGAUUUCGGAGGCUGGGAUCUUCAAGAUUCAAUAAAUAAUGCACAGUUCAAUUCUUGA